UCGAGGGUAGGCAAGCGUCUUCUGCUGCACCGAUGGCGACUGUCGACGAAACACCUCUGGUGCUGGUGACCGGCGCUAGUGGGUACCUAGGCUCCCACGUGGUCCAGCUCUUAGUGUCCGAAGGCCACCGGGUACGGGCGGCGCUUCGGAAUGUGGACGAUGCGAAAUUCCUGCAAGCCUUUCCGGGAAAACAUCAGGUGGAAGUAGUGGAGGCGGACUUGCUCAACGAAGAAUCAUGGAACAAGGCCUUGGAAGGGUGUACCUACGUGGUCCACGUCGCCGGACCGACGCCUCACUCUGCUCUGUCCAAUGACCCCGUCAAGUUAGCCGUGGACGGCACUAAAGCUGUUCUCAAGGCAGCCGCCCAGUCGGGUACCGUCAAGAGGGUUGUCCUCACAAGUUCCAUCAGCGCCAUAUGCGAUCAAUCCCAGAGUUCUUUGAGCGAGAGAGAGGGUAAGCCGUUCACAGAGGAGGAUUGGAGCAAUCCGGAUUCAGCAGCACUGGACGCGUAUGGCAAGGCAAAGACCCUGCAAGAGAAAGCCGCCUGGGACUUGGUCAAGGAACUGCCUGAGGAAAGCAAGUUUGAAUUGGCGGUCAUCAAUCCAGGACUAUGCAUUGGGCCCCUCCUGCGGAAGACCACACACGGUGUUCCUACAAGCGUACUGUUGAUCAAGCGCUUCAUGGACCGCCCUCUUCCGUUGGUCCCUCCGGCGUCGCUAAGCGUCGUGGACGUGCGUGACGUGGCCCAGGCUCAUGUGAAGGCCCUGUUCAGUCCCGACGCGGCCAACCACAGGCACAUCGUUACCAACCAGAGCAUCUCCGUCAAAGACAUGGCCACCGCCCUCGCCAAGGAGUUCAAACCACAUGGUUACAGCAUCUGCACUGCUGGUGCUCCGUACUUCCUCAUGUGGCUCAACAGCCUGGUGGACAAGAAGAGUAAGCUCUUGCUUUCCAAUACGAACACAGCGAGCGCCUACGACACGUCCCGCAUGAAGGACGUCCUGUCGCUGGAACCCCGCGAUGUGCAGCAAUCCAUCGUUGACACUGCCUAUAGCAUGAUACAGCUGGGAGUCGUUAAAAAGUCCAAGAAGAUGAAGAAACAGGAAAUGUCCACGGAAAGCGAAACUCAUCCCGAAGGUGAAGUGAAUGGAGUGGAAAAAGAAGCUCCGGCGCCAGUGGAGGAAGAAGCACAAGUGAACGGGGUCAAGACGGAAACUGCCACGGAAAACGAAGAAAGGCACGACGAAGACGUAGACCAAGAAACCUCGAACGAAGCCACCAAAGAGCCCGAAGAACAACCGUCGCAGCCGCAAGUCGAGGUGGCUGCCACCUAAACAUCACUUUAACGACCUAUGGGUGAGAGGCCCAUCGAGGAAAGUUUCACGGUUCAUUUUUCUUUCACAAUGUUACGCUUUUCUUUUCAAACCCAAUUGAGGCGGUGAAGCAGACGGUCGAGAAUGUUCAGUCUAUUUUAUCAACAGAAAGAAUCCAAUCGGCAAAAUGGGACGGAGACGUAUCUGACGCACAUAACUUACGCGAACCCGGAGAAUGAACCGAGAAAGACAAAUCUUGUUUCCCUUGUCGCGAAGCUAGCAGACGACAUAGGUUGCAAAAUGGCGUCUCGUAGUAGCAGACGACAUAGGUUGCAAAAUGGCGUCUCGUAGUAGCAGACGACGUAGGUUGCAAAAUGGCGUCUCGUAUAGGCGGGGUGGUCUUUUCAGGAGUCUAUUUCACAUAGACUAGGAAGAAAAAAAAGUUUGGUUUAUGCAAGUGACCUUCUCAGGUUUAUUUGUUAUGUAACGCAACGGAAAUACCUUACGGAAUGUGCAGGAGGGCUCCAUAGAGAAUCUCCGAGACGAAUGCUUUGUGCUCAAAGCGAGCAAUGUACAUAUGUAUUCAUCUAAGUCUUGGAUGCCGCUGACGUUUUCACUCUGAAUACGUUCCCUCGCAUACGUAAAUCACAUUCUCCGUGUAUACAGCUCGUUUUCGUGAUCCCCAUUGGUUAACAAAAUUGUGUGUCGACAGCAAAUCAUAUUACUCACGUAUCGUAAAACAUACGAGCAAGAUCCGCAUGAAUUACCGUAUUUACUCGCAUAAUUGACGCACCUCACCACUCAACUUAGCGUUGCGCUGUAGAGGCGAUUGGUUAGUUAUUAUAAAGAGUCGCGGGAGAAAAGAAAGUGCCAAUAUUUGAGCGCCCAAGUUGGGAGUGCUCUAAUUACGCGAGUAGAUGCGGUAUGUGUUUUCGCGGAUAAUCUUUGGAUCAAUGCGUAUAACCUCAACAGCAGAUACUCAAGCAGCGAAUAUUCGCUCCCGCUGCACUUUCACGGUGUCUGACGUACAUAUUUCAAAAAGUCAUACGCAUUAUUUACUUUGAUACACGUGGUAUACAUAUUGUCGUAUUUUUCUGUUCAGUUAUUCUAACUGUGCAACAACACAAACAAAACAAGAAAAAAAAAAUCGUCGAUGAGGGUACUGUAAAACCCGACACUUUGGCUACAGUUUUUUCUAUGAAUGCUCAAUUUUUGGGGUAACUUUUCACUUUGGACGCGCAUAUUUCCCUUUUUUCACGAUAAUAUCGACCACUUUAGCAUUAGUUGUAUCUACCAUCAAAGUCUGCCUCCAUUUUCUACAGAGUCCGAGAAAAAGGAGUUUCCGAGUGGCCAAAAUUGUUUCGCCGCAUUUCACUUUUUUUCUACCCCUCCGGGGCCAAGAAAUUUUGAAAUGUACUUUUACCUGUUUUUGUAACACUUAUACAAGCAGACAUAUCUAUACAUAGAAGAUUAGCACUCAAUAGGAAAAAAAGGCAUUUAUGCGCCAUCGGUUAGAGCCAUGCAUAGAGAGAGCGUGGACGAUAGAAGGUCACGUGACGCUGGCAACGGCGCAACCUUUCAUCUCACACUUUGCAAGCGUGCAGCCGUUCAGCUGAGUAACGUCAGCGUGGUGUGUUGUCUUCUGUGUCCAUGGUUCCUUUUCUUCUUUGCCGCACCAACGCCAUCUUGAGUACACAAAGCUAAUAGACGCAACCUGCCAAUCAUAGCUACGGCUAUGGCUACGGAGACUAGCCGCCAUCAUCCAUGGAGCGAAGGAAGGAGAGGAGGCAUCGAGCGGGCCUACUCGCUCGCAACACACGUUCCACGCACCGUGAUGACGUCAUCCGUUCUAGUCAAAAGAUGGCCAGACUCUCUCUAUGCGUGGCUCCUCUGCUGGCAAUGCUGACGAUCAACCGCUGCCCCAGAGUGAAAUUUACUGCAUAUUAUACCAUGUACUUGAUUCACCAUGCAAUUCUGCUAUUGUAGUAACAACUAUACAAUACCCCUGGUACUCACAUUUUCUACAUUUAUGUCCCAUGUGCAUUUCCAAACUCUGCCAUGUUUUUUGUGGAUGCAUCUUUGUAUGCUUGUUAAUAAAUCUGGACAAACAGCA